AUGGCGCAGCAGCCAGCUCUGCCGCCACCCCCAGGGCAGACUUCCAAUUUUGCGCAUCCCAAAGACGUCUUGCACACAGUGAACUUGGUGACACAGGUACUAUGCAUCAUCGUUGUAACGUUGUUUGUGGCACUUCGUCUGUGGAUCAAAGUUUGCUACCACCAGAACCUCAAUCGAGAGGACUGCGAUUUUUACAGCUUUCUGUGUCUGCAUGAUGAUACGUACGCACCUAUAUUCCCGAAAAGUGUUUCGCGAGCUAAUAAGAUAGUCAAUAAAUACGGAGGUGGAUACAAUAUUUGGGAUGUCCCUGAGACCGAAUUCAUCAAGUUUCAAAAGGCAUCGUACGCAACAACACUCAUCUAUGUUCCAAUGGUCUUCGUCAUCAAGAUAGCUUUAUUAUCGGUGAUGGCGAGAAUCUUUGCCCCAGAUCGACGAAAGGUCAUCGUCAUAUACACCAGCAUGGUCGUCCUGUUGGGCUACUACAUCCCAGCUCUAUUCAUCAAAAUCUUCUUCUGCAAGCCCAUCUCCGCAUAUUGGUAUGGCACUUCCAACGGCGGCUCGUGCCUCGACCAGCAGAAAGUCAUCAUCGCCGACUCGGCUAUUAGCAUUGCCGGCGACGUGUGGAUUCUCAUAUUGCCUGUCCAGCUAAUUUGGUCACUGCAUAUGACCACAGAAAAGAAACUUCGAGUUAUCGGUAUCCUAGGUGCUGGAGGAUUGGCCACGGCGUUCAGUAUAUGGCGACUAGUGAUCAUGGUGGAGCAAGGCCAUACAACGAACACGACGUGGUUCUGGAUUCAUUGUGUGUUGACUGCUAACGCCGAAGCUGGUAUAGGACUUAUCUGUGCCUGCCUGCCCGUGGUGAAUAAUUUCUUCACCUCGGUAAAAGAAAGGAGCAGGAAUAAUACCAGCGACGGCUACCUAAACAGUCACGAGCUUGACAACUACCAAAAACGGUCCGGCUCCAGCAAGAACAACAAGAGCAUCCUCCAAGAUAGCCUCUUCAUACCUAGCCAGAUCGACCAAGCACAUCUGAUCUCCACCGCCGCGGGUCCCGAGCCACGCGAGGACUCCUGGUCUAGCCUACAUUCAAAUGACAAUCGAACAGAUUCUGAGGGAAUCAACAAGGAUGUUACCGUGGAGCAAAGUUUUGAAGUUGUCAAAUGA